AUGUCUAUGAUUAAGGUAUUAGCUAAAAUAGUUUUAACUGCCAAUGUCACUAUAGAUUUGAUUAGAAAAUAUCUGAAUAAUAAUAUUCUAAAUGCAUUUUACAAGCUGGUAGAGGGAAAUUUGCCAUUAUACAAUCCAGCCAAAUAUGAUGCUAAUCCUGCUUCUGUGUAA